GAUCCACGCAGCACCACGUGACCCGGGAGCCCUGGACUGAACGAGCCCCUCACUCACACCGCAUCAUGGCUGCGGAGGAUGCGGCCGCGCGGUCCCUGCUCCCCCGCGGGGCUCCUGUCUCCCCUCCCCGGGUCCUGCUGCUCUCCCUGGCCGCCCUCUCUCUCCUCCCCUCCCCGGCUCUGGGGCUGCUGGGCUUCCGUCCUGAGGAGACCGGGGUGGAGCUGUCCGUGCAGGACGGGGUGCUGAAAACCACCGAGGGGACCCGCUUCAUGCUGCGGGUCUACUACUCCACCUCCCCGCAGAGGCUGAACCGCACCGCGGGGACCCGAGCCAACAACGCCGCGCCCUGGAUCGCCUUCAUCGAGGAGCCGACUCCAGGCAGAGAGGGGCAAGUCCACCCCAAGAGGAACAUGUGCAUGGACAAGAACGCCAGGACGUCCGACAUAGAGGUCUUGGGGUCUUUUAAGUCUGCUUCCAGUCAGAACUCUGUGUUAGUGGAGCUCCUGGCCAAAGACCUGCGCAGGGGGGAGAAGAUCAAGUACUACUCCAUGUGCGCCUUUGAUGGAUCCAAAUGGGAGCACUACAGGACAAGGGACUUCUGGGUGGCUGUCACGGAGCGCUCUGCAGCCCCGGACCUGUGGCUGCAGGUCCUGGUGUCCGUGCUCCUCCUGGGGCUGUCUGCUCUGUUCAGUGGGUUGAAUCUGAGUCUGCUGGCCCUGGACCCGGUGGAGCUGCAGGUCCUGCAGAACAGUGGCACAGACAAGGAGCAGAACUACGCGAGGAAGAUCGAGUCUGUGCGUCGGCAUGGGAACUACGUCCUGUGCACUCUGCUGCUCGGGACCGCCAUCAUCAACGCCUCCCUGGCCGUGUGGAUGUGCCAGAUCCUGGGCAUGACCUGGGUCUCCACGGUCAUCUGCGCCUUCGGGAUCUUCUUCAUCGGGGAGAUCCUUCCUCACUCUGUGGCCUCGCGUCACGGUCUUGCCAUCGCCUCCAAAACCAUCUGGGUGACUCGGCUCCUCAUGGUGCUCUCCUUCCCCAUCUCAUACCCCAUCAGCAAACUCCUGGACCUGAUCCUGAACCAGGAGAUCUCCAGCUUCUACACCCGGGAGAAGCUCCUGGAGAUGCUGCGCGUCACAGACCCGUACCACGACCUGGUCAAAGAGGAGCUCAACAUCAUCCAGGGCGCGCUGGAGCUGCGCACCAAGACUGUGGAGGACGUCCUGACCCCCCUCACGGACUGCUUCAUGCUGGCCUCGGACGUGGUGCUGGACUUCAACACCAUGUCCGACAUCAUGCAGAGCGGGUACACCAGGAUCCCGGUGUUUGAGAACGAGAGGUCCAACAUCGUGGACAUCCUGUUCGUGAAGGACCUGGCCUUCGUGGACCCGGAUGACUGCACCCCCUUGAAGACCAUCACCCAGUUCUACAAACACCCGCUGCACUGCGUCUUCAACGACACCAAGCUGGACGCCAUGCUGGAGGAGUUCAAGAAAGGAAAGUCUCACCUCGCCAUCGUGCAGCGCGUGAACAACGAAGGAGAGGGCGACCCUUUCUACGAGGUGAUGGGCAUCGUCACGCUGGAGGACGUCAUCGAGGAGAUCAUCAAGUCGGAGAUCCUGGAUGAGACGGACCUCUACACUGAUAAUCGAACAAAGCGACGUGUCUCUCACCACGAGAGGAAGCAGCAGGACUUCUCCAUCUUCAAACUGUCAGAGAACGAGAUGAAGGUGCAGAUCUCUCCGCAGCUUCUCCUGGCGACGCAUCGCUUCCUCUCCACAGAGGUGGAGCCCUUCAAACCGGCUCACAUCUCAGAGAAGAUCCUGCUGAGGCUCAUCAAACACCCCAGCGUGGUUCAGGAGCUCAAGUUCGAUGAGAAGAACAAGCGAGCGACGCAGCACUUCUUAUUCCAGCGCAACAAACCGGUGGACUACUUCAUCCUGGUGCUGCAGGGUCGAGUCGAGGUGGAGUUCGGGAAAGAGGCUCUGAAGUUUGAGAAUGGAGCUUUUUCGUACUUUGGAGUACCCGCCAUCAUGCCAGCAGUGCACAGAUCCCCGUCCCGCAGCAGUGGUCUGGACCGCUCUGAAUCCAUGCUGUAUGGAGGGAGCAUGGGACAGCUGAACGGAGGAGGGAACGUCUACCUCCCUGACUACUCCGUCAGACAGCUCACACACCUACAGAUCAUGAAGAUCACCCGGAGUCACUACCAGAACGCCGUGACAGCCACACGAAUGGACAGCUCUCCUCAGACCCCCGACGCCGACACCCGUCUGGCUGAAGAGCCCCCAACCACAGCACACUCAGCCAACACCCUGAUGCCCCCCCAGCACCACUACACCACCACCACCACCCUCAUGCCUCCACCCAGAGAGCCAUGCCGGCCCGGUUCAGCCCGGACGAGAGGGCAGCAGUCCAGCGUCCCUCACAGCACCUCGCUGCUGAAUGAGAAGAACCGCAUCGUCCGAAGUAAGUCGGACGGCCAGAAGAGUCCCAGUGACUCAGUGUUCCUCAGGAUGGAUGAGAUCCCCUACAUCAGAGAGGACAGAGUGGAGGCGGAGCCAAACAGCGACGUGGCCUCCGUUCACAUAGAAACGGACACUUCUCCUUUCAUCAGCAGCAUGUCGCUGAGCGGCUCAGAGGACACGCUCGGCAAGAAACUCCUCCUCAAACUCAGUCAUAAGAAGAGGAAAAAAUCUCGUGAAGGAGAGAAAACACCCGAGGACAUUUCAGAGCAGCCGCUGGUGAAAACCUAGCAGCGCGUGUGUGUGUGUGUGUGUGUGUGUGUGUGAGAGAGAAACACACACCUGAACUCUCCAUCAUCUGAUGGUUCUUUAAAAUGUUUGCAAAGACGAAGAAGUGGGAGCUGAACUAUCAGAGUUUUAUCUGACAACAUCACCCUCCACACCCACCCCCCCCCCACCCUCCUGUAGGACAUCACAAAGUGGAUCCAGCACCGUGGAAUGUACCCGACACGUGGACGGAGCGUACCACUUUACUGAAGGACACGGGGGGGGUGGAGCUUUUUUGGCAAUACGCAUCAAACGGUAGCUUCUCAUCGUCACGGGUUUUUCUUGCUGAUGCUUGUAUAUUAAAGAAUGAACGUGAAUGUAAUAAAUUUAUAGAGGAUUAAGAGUUUUUAUACGCUCUCAUGCGACGACCUCUCCAAUGGAGCUAAAGGGAAGAACGGGACACGGAGCGAAUGGAAGGGCACCAAAGAUGACGCUGGUUUUUGUACAUACUGCUCCAAACUGCACGGAGGAGAGUCUCAGCGGAGAAAAGCUGCUUCAGUUUCAAGCUUUUGUUCUGGAGCACUUUAUCAAUGCUUGCUCAUACGGCUUCUAGUCUAACCUGUAAAGUUAUUUUAACUUCCUGUUUAUCUACGGAGAGCAUUUCACGUCCAGACGGUGCCUGGAUGUCUGCUCUUGUCUUCACUUAGAGGAUGAUACGACCAAAAGUAUGUGGACUACAGAAUCACUAAGCAGACAUGCAUCCUUAUACUUUAUUUACUCCUUUAAACCGAGAUAAUGACUCAUCCCUGGUUGUCCAGAUUAACUUCUAAUUUAAAGAUAUUAAAAACACAAGAAGACGCCAAGUUAGCUAGCUAACUUUCUUGAAAUAAGACAUUCUGAUAACAAGAAACUGAUCAAGUACGUUUUUCUUAUCCCAUUGGCUGAUUUUUCGCUCUUCACAAGCAAUUCAGGUGUCAUUUGUGCCUUUAAGAACUUAAAAAUAAGAUGCUAAUCUGGGCUAGCUAGGUCAGUGAGGCUUGUAUUGAGUCUAAGGAGACAUCUUUUGUCUAGAAACAGAACAAAGACACCAUAAAGAUUUGAGUUUCUGCA